AUGCCCACAGAAAGUGGAAGCUGGUCGGCUGCGCGGCAGACGAAACAGAAACGCAAGUCUAACAGCCUGACGUUAAAACGACGAACAGCUCAGAGCAGGAUCGGCCUGGUCUGCAGAGGGACUUGCUGGAGGGACAGGAUUCCAAGCUGCCAUCUUCUGUGCGCAAUACACUCUUGGAGCUUUUUGGACAAAUAGAAAAGGGAAUUUGAGAACCUUUUAUAUUGAGAACUUGGAAUUGCGACGUGAAAUAGACACAUUGAAUGAACGCCCGGCAGUAGAAGGACAGACGAUCGAUGGAGCUGAAUUAAGUAAAGGUCAAAUGAAAACAAAAGCUAGCCACAGUACCAGUCAAUUGUCACAAAAGCUGAAGACCACUUACAAAGCAUCUACUAGCAAGCGUUUACAUUAUUUCUCAAACAAGGCACAUCGAUCUCGCAUCUCCAGAGGGCGGAGCUGGGAAAUAUGGGGUGGAGACUCCUGGAUUGUUUCCAGUUUCAAGACCACAACCUCUCGGGCAAUCUGCCAGUUGGUGAAAGAGUAUGUUGGACACAGAGAUGGGCUUUGGGAUGUCAGUGUUACACGAACACAGCCGGUGGUUCUGGGCACAGCUUCUGCGGAUCACACAGCAUUACUCUGGAGUAUUGAAACAGGAAAAUGCCUUACCAAGUAUGUCGGCCAUGCUGGAUCAGUGAACUCAAUAAAAUUUCAUCCCACUGAUCAAAUUGCAUUAACAGCAUCUGGGGACCAGACAGCUCACAUCUGGCGCUACGUGGUGCAGUUACCCACUCCACAGCCAACGGCAGACACCAGUCAGAUUUCUGGAGAAGAAGAGGUGGAUUUUUCAGAUAAAGAUGAGCUUGACAGGAUGGAGAUAUUUCGAGUGAUUGUCCCAAUGUCAGAGUCCCCAUCACGUCACUAAAAAAGCCAUCAGGGAGUGGUCAUAGCAGCAGAUUGGCUGGUUGGUGGCAAGCAGGCAGUCACUGCGUCUUGGGACAGAACAGCCAACCUGUAUGACGUAGAGACAUCUGAGCUGGUCCAUUCUCUUACAGGUCAUGACCAGGAAUUAACCCAUUGCUGUACUCAUCCCACACAACGCCUGGUGGUGACGUCUUCCCGAGAUACAACCUUCCGCCUGUGGGAUUUUCGAGACCCAUCAAUACAUUCUGUGAAUGUUUUCCAAGGUCACACUGAGUAAGUGUACAUUUCCU